GUGAGUGGACAAUGUGUCUUUCCUUCGUCUCAAUUUUUUUCUCUUGAUAAAAUGUACUCGAGCUUUGCUCCGUUUUUUCGCGCUCUCCGAUGAAAUUUUCACUCAGAGGAAGGUGUUGCACGCUUGACUGAAGAACGAGUUCUUGGCUUUCGUCUUUAUGUGAGAUAAAUGCGACGAUAAUAAGACGUGCAAAUUGUACGGCUUGUUUUUCGCGAUUUUCUAGAUUCGUCGUUGUAGUGGGCGUUUCUUUGCUUACUUUGCCAGAGUUUCGUUUUUGUUAUAAAAAAAAAAAAAAAUAGAUUACUUAGUUCUUUUGUACUUCCAUUGUUCUAAAGAAACUUUGGUUUUGUGUUGGGGAAAAUCGAAGUGUAAUGCUUGGGAAUCUAUUUUUAGCUCGGGUCAAUUAUCAGAGUCCAGUCAUUUUCUAGAAAAAUUGACUUGAUUGCACCUAUGCUACCCAUUUAUGCUAAUUGCAUUAUUAUUGACCUUGCUUGGAUUGGUAAAAAUUCAUUUAGUUGGAUUCAUUAAAAAGUAAGAUAAACUUGUUAUUUCGACUUAAUAAUUAUAGAACUACAGAGAAACAGAGCCAUCAAGGAUAGAAAAGGAUAAUGCGAUAGUUUUCUAAAUCUCCAAACUACAAUGGCUAUUACAUUUUGUCGGCACUGGCGGCUUUGGAUAUUGCCAGUAUUGACGUGCCUUUAUGCACUACUCAUUGUUAUACUUGUACCAAUUUUGUUGGCAAAUUCUAUAAAAAAUGGAUUCAAAAAGCAAGAUCAAGGAGCUCUGGUUGGAGGAGCAUUUGUUCUUCUGGCCCUUCCUAUUGCUUUUUAUGAAAUUAUCCAACACAUGAUUUAUUAUACACAGCCAAGGUUACAGAAAUAUAUAAUACGGAUAUUAUGGAUGGUCCCUAUUUAUGCAGUUAAUGCGUGGCUUGGUUUAGUCUAUCCACAAGUCAGCAUAUAUUUGGAUAGUAUGAGAGAAUGUUAUGAGGCUUAUGUCAUUUACAAUUUUAUGAUGUAUCUGUUUGCCUACCUUAAUGCUGAUCACCAAUUAGAACACAGGCUAGAAAUUGCACCUCAAGUCCACCACAUAUUUCCACUGUGUUGCCUCCCUGAUUGGGAAAUGGGACGCGAAUUCAUUCACAUGUGCAAACAUGGAAUUCUGCAAUACACUGUGGUUCGACCUAUAUCGACAUUGAUUUCAUUCAUUUGUGAAUUAAAUGAUGUAUAUGGUGAAGGAGAAUUCAGAGGAGAUGUAGCCUUUCCAUACAUGAUAGCUUUUAAUAAUUUGUCACAAUUUGUGGCUAUGUACUGCUUGGUCCUAUUUUAUCGUGCCAAUGCUGAAGCACUUAAGCCCAUGAAGCCUAUCGGCAAAUUUUUGUGCAUUAAAGCUGUAGUUUUCUUCUCAUUUUUCCAAGGAGUAUUAAUAGCAGUGUUGGUGUACUUCGAUGUCAUAUCGAGUAUUUUUGAUACUGAUAAUACGGCCGAAGUCAGGCAUAUAUCGUCCAAGUUACAGGAUUUCUUAAUUUGCAUAGAGAUGUUCCUAGCUGCUGUGGCACACCAUUAUAGUUUUAGCUACAAACCUUUUGUUAAUCUGGCCCAGAGUCAGGCCUGGUGGGAUGCCUUUAGACAAAUGUGGGACGUGUCCGAUGUACAUAAUGAUAUAAAGGAGCAUUUGGGUGUAGUGGGAUCGUCCUUGAGUCGAAGAAUACGUGGCCGUAGUGCGUACCAGCAGGCUUGGGGCAGCGCUAAUGAAAGGACGUCUUUGCUGCCAGACAGCCUUGACACUACCGCAAAAAGCGCUCCGGCUGCUUCGUUCUCUGCCUACCACGCAGCCGAGGCUGGGCAAGCUUCCAGCUCGAGUGAAUGCAUCGCGGGGGUCAUGGACGUGAGUCCUGACGAUGCACCGCCUAGCAGCAGUAACACAAUAAAUACGUAGCCGACGCUCACUUUACGUAUUACGCGCCAAAUGACAAAGUAUUUUUUUCUAAAGACAAUGGAGGUAGCGACUUGUCCUUCCUCUUGCAUUAGUUUAUUGUCUAGAUCGUUACUCAAGAUUAUUUCUGUGGUUUAUUUUGUUGCAAUCCUUGGCUACCCGGGUGAAUCAUAGUCACGCAACCACUAGUGUGGUUUCCGUCGAGUUUUACAGAUAUUUUACGAGUCUUGCAGUAGACAUGUGAUAUUUGAUCAUUCUUGAAUGAUUAGUGAGGGACAACACCUUUAAAUAAAACAUAAGUUUACGUUUGAGUAAGACGUAUUGGCGAGCAUAACUAGAGUAAUUGUAUUUUAUGAAUAGAGGAAAUACGAAAUGAAUUUCGCAAAAGUAUUCACUAUCUCUUCAAAGUAGAUGAAUCAAUGGCAAUAGAGAUUCACUUCUAGAACUAGCAAUUCUUUUUCAAAUUCUUUUCAUACAAAUCUUCAAUUCUGAUUAGGGAUAGCAAUAACUGAUUGUCUUACACCAAUUAGUGAUAAAUUUAAGAAACUUUCAUACAUUUGCAGAUUUUACAUUAAUGUUGUACAUUCUAAAAUAUAGUGACUGAACAGACCUUGGCAGCUAAGGGUUACUUCUGUUUUUAAUAGCAAGCAGUUGCUUUUGUGAUAAAAAAGCAGAGUCAAAGUUUCGUUUAUUGUAAAUAAGUCCAAUUCUCUAAAUAAUCGUAAUUAGAGCAAAAUAACGCGUUUGUGUGACAUAAUGAAUUGAGAUACUCGAUGGGAGAUUUGAUAAUGGUUUUCUUCUGUAAUGAAAUAACAUACAACCGCAUUACCAAUGAUAUUUUACCAAAUAUUGUAAAUAUCUGAAACGUUUAUAUAUAGAACUAUACGUCAAUAACAAAUAUUUAUAUAAAUUUAGCUUGUGUUGAAAUUUAUAACAUAUCAGGUAUAUGAAUAGCUUGUACAUAGCUAGUAAUGCCUAAAUGUGUACAACGGCUUUUAAAAAUUUGCAGUGAUUUUUGAAAUUAGAAUUUUGUAUGUUCACUGUUUGAACUGUUUAAUCAGGAAGGUUAACGGUAUUUCUUUGAAUUAAUGUGUAAAUCAGUCAUUUGAGUAAUUUUGUUAGAAAUAAUUAGAACGAAUAUUUAAAUUAUUUUUUUAUAAAAUAGUAGUGAAGAAAUAAAUAUUUUUCUAACUCUACUAGACAAUUUCGUUUAGACUGAAAGUAAUAGAAUAAAAUUGAUUUUUCCAUUUUUGAAUUUUAAUGAUAAGUCUCUAGUUUGCUUAAUUUUACUAUUAAAAAGAAAGAUGAUGAAUAAUUUAAAAAAUCAAUACUUAUUUUCAAUAGAUUAAAGUUACCGAUAUCGAUAUUUAUCACUGAAAUUAGUUUUUAGCCAUGGUCUUAUAUUUUUUAUGAUCUUUUCUGCUAUACUGUGGGCGUUAAAUACUAAUAUACCAGAAUUUUUGUACAACGAUCACUUUUUAUUGUUGAUUCUAAUAAAAAUUUAUGUAAUACAACGUUGUCUUAUCAAUUUCAUUUCUUGCGACUUUUUUUUAUUGUGAGAAUGACGGAGAAAAUUAUCGUAAUGAUUUAUUCAUAUAACUACUAUAUUCAUCUAAUAUUUCCAUUAAUUACUGGUAUAAGUACUCCAAUAAUGCGUUAUCGUUCAAACGAGGCAGACAUGCAUUGUUAUGAAUUUGUUAUUUAAUCGAUCGCUGGACUCUGUAUGUAAAUAUCCGACGAUAAUAAUAGCAACUCAGACUAUUGUUUACGUGCUUUAUUCAAAUUUUUUAAUCAACUCGUCUAGCCAUCGCUUGUGAUUCAAUUGUUUACUAUACUGCUAAUCCAGAAAUUUUGGCUUCGGGUAAUCUUCUUCCAGAAAUGUAGGCACCGUGUAUACGAAUUACUACGUUUUUAUCACAUAUUACACGCAACUAUCGAGACACUUUCUGAUUUUUAAACUAUAAUUUGCGGAAGAUAAAACAUAUGAUGCCUGACGUCAGCUAAAAGCACAUGCAUUCGUUCCGUGGAUGACGUUAUGACAGAAUUUUAACGUUUAGUCGCAGCGACCUUUAUUGAUCUUGUCGAAUAAUAGUAAAAUGAUUGGUGCAUUUAUGAAAUCAAUUAUUGUAUAUAUUGGAAUUCUUUGAAGUAUAGCAUACUUAGCAAAUCUAGUUAUGAAAAUAUACACAUAAUGCAUACAUAAAACAUGAUAUAAAUGAAAGCGAAAGUACGUAUAUUAACGAUAAAUCUUUCUUACGAGAGAAGUAGGGGAAAUCGAAGUGUGGCAGAUUAUAAUCUUCUAUGUAUAUCAUCAUUUACAUUCCGCAUGCGUAAUGCACAAUUGACCGAACAUGACUCGCGAUCAUGGCCACACGCUGAUGCGACAUUUGAAUUGCGUGAUCUCAAGCGCAGCGCAUUUGUUGAUAAACUUUGCAAAAAAUAAGGUGUAUAUAAUCUUAUCGCGGGAAUUACAUGUAUAGAGGCUCAAUAGAGUAUGACGAAGUCCGUUGUAUGGAUUUAUCCUGGAAAUUUGAUGUAUGCUAUAAUUGUAAAUGCAACGAUGCUCGUUUGCUCACAUAAGGGAUGAAAAAAAUUGAUAAUGUCAUGUACGCAUAUACACCGCUGUCGGUAUAAUUUUUUGUGACUUGUCGGGAAGAGUAUCAUUUUGUAAACAAAGUUGAUUCACGCGCAAUAUAAAAGUUUCUGUGGUCCAAGUUUAUUUAUGUAUUGACAUUUUCUCACUGGAUAGGUGAAAAUGUGUAAUAAGUGAAAUGAAUCUUUAUUUCUGUCCAGUUACACUAGCUGUCAAAAGGUCAUGCAUCCACGUUUUCUAUAUUUUGUUGAUAUAAAUGCACAUGACGGUACAGUGACCUAGUUAUCACAAUAUAUGUAUCUAUUGGAUUGUAUUACUCAUAAUUGCAGGUUCUAAUUUGUACAUUGUAUAUGGUCUUUGUCAAUUGCUGAGAAAACUCGAGUUUUUGAUUAAUUUUCUAAUUUCUAUAAAUAUAAACAUUAUAAUGCGAAGGCUUUGAAAAAUGUAAAGUAUGAGCAUGAACGUAAACGUGAUUAUUUUCUGCUUCACAGAUUAUAGAUCAUUAUAGAGUAUCAACACUAGAUUUUUAUUUCUUAAGUGUUAACAUUGAUAAACUGAAAGCUAGCGAAAAGUAUAUAUGGCUAUCACGUACACUAUAUUGACAUUAUCGCAGUUACCAACUUUCCUUUUCGUACGCAUGAUAUGGAUUUCUAAGAAUGAGAUGUUAAAUGUUAUAAUGUUAUAAAUUAUUACAGAGAUCAUUUUUAAUAGAUGCCAUAUCCAGUUAAAAAUGUACACAAAUAUUUUUGCACUUUUAUGAAUAUGUACCUCAUGCGCACACUCAAAAGCGUAAAAAUAAUAUCAAUAAACAAACUUGUACACUC